CGCGCCUCUCCCCUCCAGUCGUGGGGCCGCGUCGCGCUCUCUCCUCCCUCUCUCUCCUCCCUCUCUCUCCUCUCCUUCCUCUCUCUCCUCGCACCGACGCCGCUCUGUCGCCUCUCGCUCUUCUUCCCCCCCACCUCCUCACCGUCGUGCAGCCGCCACCGCCGUCGUUGCCGUCUCAUUAAUCACGCGAGCGGCCUCUUGCUGCCACCCCAUCACGGCCCCGGCUUAUUUUCCCGCCAAAGGGACUAAGAAGAACGCGGCACUUUCAACGGACGGGGCGACGCUUGUGCGCUUUUGUUUUUCUCUCUCUCUCACAAAGAAUCCACCGUCGCCGUCGUCAUUCACUCCUCGUUCGUCUCGCCCCAGCCGUUUGAAUCUUAAUUCUCUGUCCGCCUCACCCAAGUAAAGAGACACCCGCCCUCUGCUGCCGCUUGUUGUUGACGUUCUGAGGUAAUAAACCAAAAAUGUCGUCUGAGAAGGAGAAGAAGACGUUCGCCGAGUCGAUGGCGGAAUGGAAGCUGUUUCUCUACAACCCACACACCGGCCAGGUGCUUGGCCGCACGGGCAGGAGCUGGGGGAUGAUUCUUCUGUUCUACACGGUGUUCUACGCUUUCUUGGCCUCUCUGUUUGUGUUCACGAUGUGGGUGAUGCUGCAGACUGUUGAUGACAAAAACCCCAAGUACCAGGAUCGAGUGUCCAGCCCAGGAGUUGUAAUGCGACCAAAGAUGAAUAAGGCAUUGGAGUUGUACAUAAAUCGGAACACACACAGCGACAUAAUCGAACAUCUGAAUACAUUUUUUGAAGCCUACAAUGAGGUCAAUCAGACCAAUAAGGCGCUGUGUGAAGCGGGGAAGUACAGAGACAACCAGAAGGGCCCACCGAACGAGGAUAACGUGUGGCCUGCGUGUCGCUUCAACCGAUCCGACUUUGGAGAGUGUGCCAGUCCUGACUACGGCUACACCAACCAAACGCCAUGCGUUUUCAUAAAGCUGAAUCGGAUAAUUGGAUUCAAGCCCGGCACGGUUAAGGAAGCCCCCAAAGUCAUGUGCUCAAGCAAGAAAGAGAGUGGUAAUCUUGGAGAACUGGAGUACUUCCCGAAUGGUGGAACAAUGGAUCAAAUGUACUUCCCUUACUAUGGAAAGAAAUUGGAUCCCAUGUACACACAGCCCCUCGUCGCUGUGAGAUUCCUUAACUUGACCAAGCAAAUGGAGGUGACCGUGGAGUGCAAGGUCAUUGCCCGCAAUGUGAAGGUUAUAGAUGACCGUGAUAAAUUUCUGGGUCGCGUCACGUUCAAGAUCAAGAUUGAAAACUAACGAGGUGCAUGCUGUCCUGCAGCUUAUGCUGUCCACUCCACUGGCCAUAACGUUUAGUUGCUGUUGCUGAUGUUUGUUGUCAUAGUUGUGUGCAAACCUGCGCGCUGAAGCAUGAGUAAAAACCUCCCACCACCCCCACACUUUCCUUCCCCAUUUGCCACUGUUCCACUGAUGGAUGCUGAUGCGUAUUGCUUGUGACCACGUAUGGUAGCUACCUCUGCUCCGACUGCUGUUUGUGUGGACAUUUAACUGAAGCGUUAGGGUCUCUCGUACCCUUACCAUCAUGGCUUCUUAUGGGGCCAAUGUGGAAGGCUUUGUGCAUUUAGUUUGGAACAUAAUAACAGGUAGCAUGGGGCCAACUCUAUAAAGAUGUAAAAAUGGAAACUGUUAACAGGUGUCGUUGUGUUUAUGUGGUGAGUUGGGAUCAAUUUGAAAUUUUGGACUUUACGUGCCCUGUUCAUUCACAGGGCUGUGGUUUGCACUCAGAUCAGAUGUAGCCCAUUGUUGCUCAACAUAUUCCCAGUUGUACCAUACAAUAAGUCCUCUAUUAAUGGAGAAGCGUUUUAAUCUACAUAUGACCUUUUGCCGUCAAAUGGCGCAGUCUGAAAUGUCAAACUGUUUUCAAUCUCAUCGUGGUGGUGUUUCAUGAGGAAUGUGCGAUUUACUAAUGAUGCCAGUAAAACUGCAAAGGAAAAACCGGUGCCACUUAGCAGCAUGUGACCCUGGCCUCUUGCCAGGAGCACAUUGCACGCAAUGCAUCUUUGCCAAGUCUCCUGCCAGGAAUUGUCAAUAAAAAUAACACGAGGAACAUUUAAGUUGCAUUAAUGGUUUACUCUUACACGUCCUUGACUUGUGUUUCUUGUAUAUAUUGUGAUUUAUAUUACAUUAUAGUAAAGUGUUUAACAAUCGCAUCACUAGGUUUCAUAAGUAUAUUUAAAAAUCCAUUAAUGUAAUGUUUUCGUUUUAAAUUUAUUUAUGAUUAAAUAAGAGCCUAACUAAAACCAGCCCUGCAUGUUAAGAAGCACUGGUACUAUUAAUUGAAUCCUGUUUACAUACAACCUUAUUAUAUGCAACUUAAAUUGUAUCUGGCACAGUUUUAACUUGUGUUUUAGUAAGUGCACAUGAGAUCGAUGUGACAUUCAUUAUUGGUGUGUCCGACAUAACUUAAGUUUCAGCAGUAGCCUUUUUUUGAGUAAACUUUUGCAAAUUAAUAUUAAGUUUGACAUCCUGAGCACAUUAAAAUGUACAAAUUUGGACUUGGCGCUGUAGAAAAAAAUAUUUUUUUCUCCUUUUAUUUAUUGUUUAAAAAAAUGAAAGUUGAUAACCAAAGUUUAUUUGGAAACAAUCGCAUUUAAAAAUUUAAGCUUAACCAAGGAUCACACUCGGCUGUUACAAUCAUCAAGGUUAAUAUAUUAUUUAUCGCCUUCAUGCCUUCUGAGGUAAGGUCUGCGAGUAAGUUAUGUGAUUUAUGAGAACGACACGAUAUUUAACUCGCGUGUUUCAUGCACUGUAUUGCAAAGUGUUUUGGCCUGGGCGAGUACUAACUAGCAGUCGAUUGAGUGUAAAACAAAGACACCCGACAGGAGGGAGAACUUUGCAUCAAUGUGCGAUGUAUUUCCCGGUGUGCGCGUGCACUGCAGCGCGCACAGUCUCUGGGACCUGACAUUUCUGCUGCCAAGCCGGCUUGCACGACACUCGUGUUUAUUGUCCCCGUUUUUCUUAAUCUAAACUAUUCCAAAAGGUUUCUUGACUUUAAGGAGAUGGUUGCAUUGUAGGUCCAUGCAGUUGAAACUUGUAAUAAAUACAAAUUGGUGAUGCAGCGAUGUUAAAUUGAUGAACUCCGUUGCCUCGUGACCAAUUAUCCCGCGGUACAUUUUUGUAACCGUUUUUAAAUGUACUCUUGCUAUUCUCUCUGGUUCUUUUCGGUAAGGUCACGUAGAUAGGUCAAAGUUUAACUACAUGCAUUCAAAUAACAUUGCUUUCCAGUGCACCCAGGUGUUUGCGGAUUUUUUUUUAAAAUGUGCGUGCGUGUUUUCACUGCCUGCAUUGGGGUACAGCUGCUGGAUGGUACUGUAGUGGUCGGUGGUGCGCUGCAGGACUUUCACAACAUUUCAUUCGCCGCUUCGGGGGGUGGGGAGUUCGAAAAUGGCUGUGGGCAAGUCCAAAUCUGCUUGUGUAUGCAAGUGGUGGAAGGAGUUGGAAACUAAUUAAAGUGCGAAGAUUGUAUUGCUGUGUGCAAGGGGGGGGGGGGGCAGUGUUCCUGCAAGGUGGCACGGUGACUUUGCCCAGGUUUACCUGCCUGGCGAAGUUUGCCUACUGGCAUACAGGAGCGAAAGUCGUGUUCACUCGUAUACUGCCAUCACCCGAGCGUUGUGUACUGUGCAGUGUUUAGCUAGACUUAAAAAAGAGCAGUAUUUAAUGUAGUUGUGACUUCAGCCGAGGCGUUUGCUCAAACUCACUUUUCGGUGUGAAAGCCUUGGCUUUUAUCAUAAAAAAUUAAGUGCAUUGUGUGGUCAUUUGUAGUUUGAAUUUUCCGUUGGAAAUAAUCUUGGUGUACAUAUUUCAAAUUAUAAACUUCAGACCUUAUAAUUGUAUGGAAAUAGUAAAGUGAACGUUUUUAAUUGACAUUAAAAUAAAGGUGAAUUGACAACCCUCA